AUGACUGACGACUUCGGGAGCCAGGAGGCUCGGUCCAGCGGUGAGCUGUGGUCCGAAAUCUGCUCCCGUCUGCCGGAGGCGGAGGCCGAGGAGGCUCCGGAGGAGGGCACCGAGUUCACAGACUCCUUCCGUCCGGCGCAGCACAACGGACAAGCUAACGGACAUGCUAACGGACAUGCUAACGGACAAGCUAACGGGAGCAGCCCCGCUCCGGCCGGCCCGCGCUGGGAGCCCAUGGAGGACUCUGAGGUGUACAUAGCCUGUCUAGAAAACCGCCUGAAGAAGAUAAAGGGCCAGUCCAGUGAAGUGACCUCCAGGGACAUGCUGCGCUCCUUGUCUCAAGCUAAGAAAGAGUGCUGGGAUAGAUUUCUGCACGAUGCACAGACCUCGGAGCUUUUCCAGGAGGGCGACAUGGAUGAGAGUGCUCUGGAACACUUCAAGAGGUGGCUCAUCCCAGAGAAGGUGGCCAUCAGUGCCGAGGAGCUGGAGUACCUUCUGAGGCCGUCUCAACUUAAAGAACAAGCCGAAUCAAAUCCCACGCAGAACGGGGAGGAUGCAGAGGGCGAGACGCUGAGCCAUGAAGAGGACAGCCCCCACGAUCCGGAGAAAUGAGUGGCGGUGGGAGUGCUGGGGCCAUUCCUUUGUCGUGAGGAGGAGACCAAUGCCUGCCCCGUUGCUAUCUGGAACCGUCUUUUGUGGAAACAGUGUCGUGGCCAAGCUUUUCCUGUCGGCCAUCAGAGGGCCCUCUACAGGCCCCCCCCCCUUCCCUGUGCCCCAGAGUGUUGCCCAAUCGGUCAUGUGCGUUUUGUCUGUUGUCUGUUGGCUUAAUCUCCUCGCACCUUGUAAAUAAUCCCGUUUAUCUCCUUUUUGUAGUAUCUGGUCUGAUAAUGUUUCUGAACUUUGAGUGAACAUGAAGAUUUUCACGAGGGAUCACACGCAGAGCUAUGCUGAAAAAAAAAUUGCAGAGACCUGCUCCUUUUGGAUUUAAAGAUGGCGUCGGCUGGGGAAAAAAAAAAAAAACGGACUGGUGUAACAUAUCAUGCUAAGAUUUUUAUUUUCACCUUGUUGAUUUGACGCAAACUCUAAACUUCAAUUCAAUAAAAAGAAGUCAAACUGAUUCUGAUCUUUUCUCAGACUGAGCUUGAACGCAGAGGAGCAGCUCAAAUGAAAUGUGUGUGUCCAUCAAAGGAGCC